CAACUAACCACAACACAAGGAAGAAGCGUCGCGUGCGCAGCUUCUUCUGGAAGCCAAUCCCAGAGGAGAAGGUACGUGGGAAACCCAACAUCUGGACAAUGGCGGUGCGACAGCAGCAGUACCAAAUCGAUGUCCGCUCUGUGGAAGAGCUGUUCGGGCAGCAGGAGGACACGGUGCCAGGCAUGCGAGGGGCAGCACCGAUCACUGGGCCAUCAGCUCGUGUAUCCCGAUCCCGCUCAUUCAAGGAGAGCAGCAAGGACGAGAUCAGCAUCCUUGACUCCAAGAGGGGGAUGAAUGUGGGCAUCUUCCUCAAGCAGUUCAAGAAGUAA